GAAAACCAGAGCUCCGUAGCUCGUUUCUGCUGCUCUCGGUUACCGUCAGUAUUACCGCAAAGUCCGGAGCUACCGGAGGUCCCGUGGAUACUUACUCAACCGUCUGACAGACCCGCCAAGCACCCAACAACCGAUAAACUUCCCGUCUGAGCCCUCAGCUUUCCCCGGCAGGUGGACACAAGCUUUCCAAGACGAUGCUCUUCUGGCUGCUGCCUCUCGCGGCUCUGUUGCUGCGCGCGGAGGGCAAGCGCGGGGAAACAGUUGUCAGUAACAACAACAAUGGCCACGCGCUGGACAACGACAAAUGGUUGAGCACCGUCUCUCAGUAUGACAAGGACAGAUAUUGGAACAAAUUCCGAGAUGAUGACUACUUCAAGAGCUGGGGUCCUGCCAAGCCUCUCGACCAAGAACCCGAGGCAAGGCCCACUAAACAUGGCGAACCAGGACCCAAAGCCCACUCUGGACAGGUCAAGAGAAAAGCAGAGGAUGGCCUGGACGCCACCAAGGAUCCUUGUGUGAAGGUGCGUUGCCCCACUCACAAAGUUUGUGUCAGCCAUGACUACCAGACCGCCAUCUGCACCAACCACAAUCAGCCAACACACAGUGUGAAGCCCCGUAAAGGAAGUGUGGCCCACAAACACUUGGUUGCAGCAGGGGCUCAUGGGACAUGUAGGCCGUGCCCUGUCAUCCACCCCAGCCCAGUGUGUGGCUCUGAUGGCCACACCUACUCCUCCAAGUGUAAGCUGGAGUUCCAGGCGUGUACGUCAGAAAAGGGCAUUUCUCCCAAGUGUGAGGGCCCAUGUCCAUGUCUUCCUGGCCAGGAAGCGGUGAAAUCACACAGUGAAAAAAUCGACAAGACUGCCUGCAGUGAUGCAGACCUCCGGAGCCUGGCGUCCAGACUGAAGGACUGGUUUGGGGUCCUGCACCUGGAUGCUAACCGAGAUCUCAAAUCCUCCAACACGGACUCCGCAGCUGGCAGGUUCGACACUAGCAUUCUUCCCAUCUGUAAGGACUCCCUGGGUUGGAUGUUCAACAAGUUAGACAUGAACUAUGACCUCCUGUUGGACCAAUCAGAGCUGGGUGCCAUCUACCUGGAUAAGUACGAGCUGUGCAUGAAGCCGCUGUUCAACUCCUGCGACUCCUUCAAGGACGGGAAGUUGUCCAACAAUGAGUGGUGCUACUGCUUCCAGAAACCUGAUGGUCUGCCUUGCCAGAAUGAGAUGAACAGGAUUCAGGCUCAGGGCCGGGGAAAGAGCCUCAUUGGGGCCUAUAUUCCUCGUUGUUCUGAGGAAGGGUACUUCAAGCCUACCCAGUGCCAUGGCAGCACCGGUCAGUGUUGGUGCGUGGACAAGUAUGGCAAUGAGAUCGCCGGCUCCCGAAAACAGGGCAACCCCACCUGUGAGGAGGACCAGGAGACCUCGGGUGACUUUGGCAGCGGUGGCGCGGUCAUUCUCCUCGACGACCAGGAGGAGGAGCCACCUAAGACUGGGAGGAGCCGGCAGAAGCAGAGGCGUGGCCGGAUCCACCCCCGGGGAGCGAUCGAGGAUGACGAGGACGAGGAAGACGACAAGGAUGACGAGAUUGGCUACGUCUGGUAGCUCCGCCCUCCAUCCAUCCUCUCAGCAUCCGACCAGGGACUUCCGUUUCCUCGACGCAGACCUGAAGCCAAUUCAGUCUCUCUUCUGCCCCAUCCACCACUCCUCCCCUCAGUCCACAUUUCUUCCCCCUUUUGCCUCCUUUAUACGUUCCUCUCGAUCACUCUUUUCCUGUCUUUUUCCCUCCUUCAACAGAGACUUUUUCUUCUUCCCGUUUCUUCUUGAGCCGUGCUUCUAUUGUCAACUUAAACCUACAGACUCUUGACUACUACUUGCAGUAACGUUCCUAUGUCUUGGUUCCUCUCCUCACCCCUCUCUUCCUCUCUCUCUCUCUCUGUUCUCCUCCUCUCUAUCUAAGCCUCUGGUAUGAACAUGAGACCAGAGACUAUUUGGAUGUAAAUAGGUUGGCUAACGAGGCUCCAGAUUCUGUCUCUCUCUCUGUCCUAGAAUGUUUCUGUCGUCAAUCUCCAGAGUUUUGAGAAAUGUUCUCAGUAACAAGGAACAUAUAAACAAGGAAGUCGUCACAAUGUUCUACACAAAACGACUACAGCACUGAGCCAUUAAGUUCCAUUGAAUUGCCUCCCUGUGUGCCACGUGUGGGAUGUUUCUGGUGUUCCUUCUUUAUACGUUCCCUUGAUUUACAGGAGGAUUGUGGGUCUUGAUGUCUUUGAGAGACCCAGAGAUUUCCCUGAGUCACAGAGAAGGAUGGUCUGUGUGUUUUCUGCAUGUUCCCUCCUCGACAUUCCACUGAGAACAAGAGGUUGGGUUUGGCCGGCUAUAAUCAUUUAUAUGGCGGCAUGGACAGGAUAUAUGAUUCCGCUUCAGUUUGCUGCCAGUGCCCGCGGUAGUCUUCGCUUUUUUGUUGCUGCCGAAUCUUAAUUUGCUGCGUUGUUUCAUCAAGGUUGUGGGUGGUAGUUUGCUGUCAAUACCAAACACAGGAGGUUUGCCGCUUAGCUGCAAAGAGUACAAAUCUAAUUUGCUACUUUAGGCUCAAAAACACGUAAUGUUUUUGUUUAUCCAGAUUCAAUUUCUGGUUUGGAGGAAAUGUCAGCCUAUCGACGCUGCCUUGUUCCUGGACCUCUUGUUCUAUCCAUACAAAGAGAACCUGUCAUGAGGGAUAACCUCUGCAGGACAUUUUGCUUUCAGAAGCUAGCACGAAGAAAGGGACGUGGGGGAACGCUUUUUAUGCUUUAGCUUUGAAGAAGGAGUAAACACAAGUGUCAUGCUCCGUCUCAAGAAAAAAAAUGAAAAAAUUACUUCAGCAGGCUUUGUUUGUGAUGGAGUUGAGGUUCUGUAGCUACUUAGGUGUAGUAAGUGACUGACUCUAUGCAUUUUUAUAGAUCUGAAACAGGCAGAUAACUCAGUCCAGUGUCGUCAGUUCAUCUCCUUAUGAGGUCUCUAUCUUGCUUACUCUUACCAGACCACCAGGAGGCAUCUGUUCUUAUUUUAAUACUGGUUAUGAACAUUUAAAAUCUGUUUGAAGGAUGGCCUACUGAUGGUUAAAGCACACAAAUACAAGGUUCAGUGGCAUUUCACUUUGGUAUCCAAACAACCGUGGCUACUCAUCACACGGUUCCACUGUGAGUUGAGUUGGAGGCACUAUUUUAUCAGUUGUUUUUAUGCCGUGUCACUCACCUUCUUGCAGUGGACUGUUACACUGCACUUUUAACAGCGUGAUGAGGCUCUGGGCAGAUGGUUUUUACUUAAAGAAUCUAUUGUGAUAUUCAAUUUGGUCCAUUCCUCCCCAGCCUUCUACAGGCCACCAAAGACAUCUCUGCUCCACUCUAGGUUCAGUGACCCUCUCAGCUCUAAUGUCACCAUUUCCUACUGAUACAGACAGAUUAUUACCAGAAAAACAAGUUCAUUAAAAAACAGUCUAUCACGUGUCAACCCUGCUUGUUCACAUUCAGAUGCGUUCUCUGUAUGUCUUCUUUCUCUCUUUGCCCCUUUAUCUUUCUAUUGCUGGCAAACUCAUCUGUGCACUCUCACACAACUUCAAAUUCACUUAAUUGUUCAGGCGGCCCCUUGUGAAUUUGCCUAUUCUCUCUUUCUCUCUCUCUCUCUCUCUCCCCCACUCUCUCUGCCUACUCACGUCCUCCUCUGCCAUCUCUAAACCUCAAACCGGGGACGGGGUGAGUGACUUUUAGAGUGCAAUCUCUUUCUCUCUUUCGUCUCAUUUCCCUUAUUUGAGGUCUUCCGAGGGAGGGAGGGAGGGAG